AUGGCGACGGCGUCGCCGACAGCCACCGUGGUGACCGCCACCGUGGUAACCACGGCGGCCGCCAUGGACUUGCGCGACUGGAUCUUCCUCUGCUAUGGGCUGGUGGCCUUUUUGAGCGAGGUGAUUGACAGCACGACCUGCCCCUCCGUCUGCCGGUGCGACAACGGUUUCAUCUACUGCAAUGACCGGGGCCUCACCUCCAUCCCGACUGACAUCCCGGACGAUGCCACCACCCUCUACCUGCAGAAUAACCAGAUCAAUAACGCGGGGAUCCCUUCUAGUUUGAAGAAGAAACUCAACGUUCAGGUCAUCUACCUCUACGAAAAUGAUCUGGAUGAGUUUCCCAUCAACCUGCCCCGCUCGCUGAAGGAACUGCAUCUGCAGGACAACAACGUCCGUACCAUCGCCCGGGAUUCCCUGGCCAGGAUCCCUCUGCUCGAGAAGCUGCACUUGGAUGACAACUCGGUCUCCACCGUCAGCAUCGAAGACGACGCCUUCGCCGACAGCACCCGCCUCAAGCUGCUCUUCCUCUCCCGCAACCAUCUCAGCAGCAUCCCUUCCGGGCUGCCGCGAACCCUGGAGGAGCUUCGCCUGGAUGACAACCGCAUCUCCACCAUUCCCCUCCACGCCUUCAAAGGCCUCAACAGCUUGCGGCGUUUGGUGCUGGACGGCAACCUGCUCGCCAACCAGCGCAUUGCGGACGACACGUUCAGCCGCCUGCAGAACCUCAGCGAGCUCUCGCUGGUACGCAACUCCCUGGCGGCCCCGCCGCUCAACCUGCCCAGCGCCCACCUGCAGAAGCUGUACCUGCAGGACAACGCCAUCAGCCACAUCCCGUACAACACCCUUUCCAAGAUGCGGGAGCUGGAGAAGCUUGACCUGUCCAACAACAACCUGACCACCCUGCCCAAGGGACUCUUUGAUGACCUGGACAGCCUCUCCCAGCUCCUGCUGAGGAACAACCCGUGGUACUGCAGCUGUAACCUCAUGUGGCUGAGGGACUGGGUCAAGGCCCGAGCGGCGGUGGUCAACGUCAGAGGACUGAUGUGCCAAGGGCCUGACCGGGUUAGAGGGAUGGCCAUCAAAGACAUCACCAACGAGAUGGACGAGUGCUUUGAAGUCGGUCAGCAGAGCAACUCCGCGGUGGUGGCCAAAACGACGGCCAGCAAUGCUGCCGUCACCACCCCGCAGGGCUCCCUCUUUACCCUCAAAGCCAAACGCCCGGGCAUCCAGCUGCCUGAUUCCAACAUCGACUAUCCGAUGGCCACCGGGUCAGGAGCCAAAACACUUGUGCUGAACGUCAAGCCGCUGACCGCCGACAGCAUCCGUAUCAGCUGGAAGGCAUCCCUCCCGGCGGCCUCUUUCCGCCUCAGCUGGUUGCGCCUGGGCCACAGUCCAGCCGUCGGCUCCAUCACCGAGACGCUGGUGCAAGGCGACAAGACUGAGUACCUCCUGACCGCCCUGGAGCCCAAAUCCACCUACAUCAUCUGCAUGGUCACCAUGGAGACGGGCAACACCUACAUCCCUGACGAGAGCCCCGUGUGCGCCAAAGCUGAGACCGCCGAUAUGUACAGUCCCACCACCACUCUCAACCACGAGCAAAACCUGGACCCCAUGGCUGGGCUGCCCCUGGCGGGGAUCAUCGGUGGGGCGGUGGCCUUGGUUUUCCUCUUCCUGGUCCUGGCCGCCAUUUGCUGGUACGUCCACCGGACCGGGGAGCUGCUGACGCACGAGCGAGGCAUCCGGAAGAAGGACGACUACAUGGAGUCGGGUACCAAGAAAGACAACUCCAUCUUGGAGAUCCGAGGGCCUGGCUUGCAAAUGAUCCCCAUCAACCCUCACCGGGCGAAGGAAGAGUACGUCAUCCACACCAUAUUCCCUUCCAACGGAACCAGCCUUUACAAAAGUACCCACACAAUUGGCUACGGCACAACUCGGGGGUACAGAGAAGGGGGCAUCCCAGAUGUAGACUACGCCUAUACAUGAUGCAAAGGUUUUCCCCUCCUUCCGGAUGCAUCGUGUCGCCCUUCCCCGUGCCCACAUUCCACACUCCCCCGUUUUUACCCCCUCCCCAAUCUCUCUCUCUCUCAUACACACACACACACACACACACACAUAUACACACAUAUACAGAUGCACACGCACACAGGUUUGGGCUUGGAUCGGUUCUUUGGUUGGGUGGUUUCAACUUUUUUUUUUUUUUGCCGAGAAGGAAGAGAAACGGCAAAACGCGGACUUAUAUUUUCCGAGCAGAACCCGCUGGAACCGAAGGGGAGGGGGAAGGGAAGCGAAUUUUACAAACCAACCUUAUUUUGUAGGGGAGGGGGAAAAAAGCAAAACCCACACAGCGUACACAAAACCCAAGUUUUGAAAAGUAGAUACGGAGGGGACAUAAAGACCUAAUUUAUAUUUAAUAUGCCAGAUUUAAAACAAAACAAAAAAACAAGCAAACAAACGAAAAAGGAGCGAUCGGGAGGAACAAUCGUGAAUGAACGUUCGGUUUUAUUGGGGUUUGUGGUGGGCUUUUUCCCUGCGAGGUGGGGUAGAAGGGAACAGGGGAAGAUCUAGAGGAAGGCAGAAAUGACACUGAGGAUCAAAAAAAAAAUGCUACCUGUUUAUCUUUCUUCCUGUAUAAAUCUUCUAUUUUGUUCAGGGGUUAGAUUAUAAAAAGAAAAGAAAGAAAACUCUGUCGCGAUG